CCCUUCUAAUUCUGUGGGGGGAGUAUGGAUAUUUUCUGGUACUGCACAAUGCAUGGUAUGCAUGUUAUUUCAGAUGAGUGAUUGGAUACACCUAGCAUAUAGCCAGUGGCAUUGUGAUUUUUUUUUACUACUAUUCAGCCACCUAGGUUAUGUUGUCUAAUUACUAUUAAUAUUAAAUCCUUGUAUAUUCAUAACUUUUUAUUGCAAGAGGGUUUGUGACGUUUUUAACUCAGGAAACCUACAGAGGGACAGCUUAGCAAGUGGACCAAUCUUAUGAAGGGCUGGCAGUUUAGAUGGUUCACUCUAGAUCCUGAUUCUGGAUUGUUGGAGUACUAUGUGGACAGGGAGAAGAAGAAGCUGGGGCCUCGAGGAUCAGUUUAUCUUGGAGGAAGUAUGAUUGCUCCCAGUGAUGAAGAUUCAUUCACAUUUACUGUUAGUGCAGCCAAUGGUGAUAUUUUUAAACUCAGAGCCAGUGAUGCUAAAGAAAGACAGGACUGGAUAAACAAAUUGAGAAGUGUUGCUGAGUUUCAUACAUCAAGUAUUGCUCAGGCUGCCCCACCAUUAUAUGCUACAUCUGGUUUUCCUGCACCACCCACUCAUUCAACCAGCGCUGUGAAGCACCCAGCAACAGCUGCCUCAUUAACUGGCCCCUCUACUGUGGUAGCAGCGGAUAAAAUCAACACAGACUCCCCUAAAUUAGCCCCUAAAACCUACCAUGUACCUGAGAAAAUCACGGCAGGACUGUCCCAGAUCAGAGAUGAAUUGUACAGAAUAGAAGAUCAACAAAUGGUUUUUAUUGAUCAGUUGGAGGUAGAGCCAACUGGUGAAGAGUCACUUUUUCCAUUGGAUAAUGAUGUACUUAUUUUAAAGGCAACUGCACAGUCUGCCCUUGGUACUCUUCGCCAUUGCUUCUCCAUCCUUCAAGGGCAGGCUGCUGAAUAUCAAACUGAAGUUCCAGAGCAAGAUUGGCAACAACAGGAAGCAGUAACAGAAAUUCAACGUGAGAACAGUAACUACCUUAUGAGUCGGCGACGCCUUUUGAGCUUAAAAUCGCAAGGAGAACGGACUACAGGAGAAAGUCGACAUUUUGGGUUCCACAAGAAUCCUUCUACUCCAAAGUCGCAAAGGAAAGAUGUUAAAAAUACGGAAAUUACCGAGAAUUCGACAGUAUCAUGUUGUGAAAAAGCGAGAGCUGAGAUGAAAUAUAACAUCGGUCACACAGACGAGGUUACUGACGAGGAAGCAUACUGUGUAGGAGAAGAGCCUGAGAACCAGUCGGUAGAGGAACACAAAAGCGUUAUAUUGCAUCUCCUCUCUCAGCUCAAGCUGGGAAUGGACCUAACUAAGGUUGUCUUACCGACGUUUAUUCUGGAGCCUCGGUCGUUGUUGGAGAUGUUUGCGGAUUUUUUUGCUCACCCUGAUCUGUUUGUUAAAAUUCCUGAUGGACUCACAGCAGAGGAUAGAAUCUUAGCUGUUUUAGAAUUCUACUUAACUUCUUUCCAUGCUGGAAGAAAGGGCGCUCUAGCCAAGAAACCUUACAAUCCUAUAUUAGGAGAGACGUUUCAUUGUUCGUGGAAAGUGCCAAGCACGUCAAAUCCCAAGCAGACCUCUGCUAACAGCGUUAUCGACCACACUACCACUGCUACGGAUGACGGCAAAAUAACAUUCGUCGCAGAACAAGUAUCCCAUCAUCCUCCGAUCUCUGGAUUCUACGCCGAGUGCCCGAGUAAGAAGCUCUGCUUUAAUGCGCACAUUUGGACGAAGUCAAAGUUCUACGGCAUGUCUAUAGGCGUGGUGAAUCAGGGAGUAGGUGUUAUUUCUCUGUUAGAGCACAAUGAAGAUUAUGUCAUAACGUUUCCUAGCACAUACUGCAGGUCAAUUUUAACCUUUCCCUGGGUGGAGUUAGGAGGAAAAGUUCACAUCACAUGCGCAAAAACUGGUUACAACGCGUCGGUGACGUUUCACACGAAGCCGUUUUAUGGCGGGAAACUUCAUCGAGUCACGGGUGAGGUGAAGAACACAUCUACUGGACGAGUGAUCUGUAAAGUGAAUGGCGAGUGGAAUGGAAAGAUAGAGCUCAGUUUCACGAGCCAUCAGGAAGAACCCAGGAUCCUGGACACGCAAACACUUCCGGUAUGUCGUAAGCGAGUUUGUCCUCAGGCAAGCCAGGGAGAGUUUGAGUCCCGUAGGUUAUGGCAGAAAGUUACGCAUGCGUUGAAGACUGAUGACAUUGAGUCGGCCACGUCAGCUAAACACGAGCUUGAAGAAAGACAAAGAAAAGAAGCCAGAGAAAGAAAAGAUUCUGGAACAGAGUGGAAAACAAAACUCUUUCAUCGUCAUGGUGACGGAUGGAUGUACAACAAUCACAUGAAACUGUCAGUCAAGCCCAGCGAAGAACAAGGAUCCUCUGCAUCAACGGAACCGACAGAAUGAUAACACGCUGGGUGUACAAAUGCUCUUGACAUUGCAGCUUGAUUCGCGCCUUUUAUCAAAAGUUUCAACAAUGUUCUUUUUGGUGCUACAUCACGUUUCUCAAACGCUCUGAGCAGAAAAGAGAAUCGAGCAGAUUGCCAUCCUGUCAAUCAAUGAGAUGACAUCUUCACUGUCGGCUAAUUAGAGAAAGCCGCUUUGUAGGACGAAAAUUUGGCCAACAUGGCGACGACAUUGUUUUAUCGGAAAUGCUGGAACUCGAUUCUUGAUAUCGAUUGUUUCCGCUUCACUGGGUCACUGGGUUGUUUGUACCGUCUGGAGAACAAUAUUCAUGAAAAGGGCAAAGAAAAACUCGCUUAGAGCAUGAAGGGUAAGAUGGUUAACUUCCCAUAUAGGCCUUGCUCCCAAGGUAAUUCCUCGUGAAGUUAUUUUUAGACACGGUGCCUUAAUCUUCCGUGGACAAUGUGACACGCGCGUUGCGAGGAUUGUUUCGUGGACGAUGAAAAAGCAGCAUGGGCUGCUCACUGCGAAUAAGCCGCGUCACAGGAUUGGCUAUUUCUAGGCCCUCCCGAGUUUUGGUCUAUUUAUAACUUGAGAAGGAUUACUUUGGAAAUGUGGCCUAUAUGUGGGAUUAACUCUCUCACUCUUCAUCCUCUUUUGGUUGAACCAAAUUGCGUUAAAAUGAAAAGCAAGGACGUAAAAACUGCCUUAUUUAACACACAAGCUUACAUUUUACAUGCAAAAACCAGCAGGUAUAUAUUUCGCAAUAGCUUAUGCACCGCAUGUAAGUACACUUAUAACUUCACCAAACCUUCUUAGCUAAGCUAAGGCACCGAAUAUUCUUUUUGUUUUCCAAAUGGCCGUCUUGUAAUUAAGGUCUCUUGUCUCUUGGGAUUCGUUAUGUAGGGAGAGGUGUUGCGUGGCAACGCAAGUAACGGCUAUAUGGAAAUCGCGUAUCAUGGUUAUGGAAUAAAGCGUUCAAACACACUAUUCGAACUUUUUAAAGUCGGCGAGGUUAGGUGUACACAAAAAUAUUUUUUUAAGCCGAGAAGACUAGUCCUUAAUUCGACUGCUUCUCUUCGACAAGAACUGAAAAAAAAGCUUUAAGUUAAAGUGGAAUGCGAACGAACUGAACAAAUCUAUGAGAAAUUGUUCUCGAUUACCAGCCGCUGUUAAGGAAAGCUACACCGAACUCUCUUCUCGAGAGGAUUCGAGAGAGUGGCGAAAAUUGAGCCUAUUGCAGAAGGCCUCAUAAAAAAACCUUGCUGUAAUAAGAGUUCCGUUUGGGAAUUUCACAGAGUAAUAAUACGGCAAUAAAAAAAUCUUACACCUUGA